CUGUAAAUUUUUUUUUUAUUGUACGCCUUCUUUUUUUUAUCGUGUCCAUUCUCGACAAACAUGGCCAAUCAAAUUCCACAUCAACAAGAAGACCAAAAGUUUAUGCAUCCGCCGCCACCCAUGCAAGGAGGCCAACCUAUCGUCCAACAACCCCAACCUCAUCAACAACAAGCAACUGCGGCCGCCGUUGCCGCGGCAGCAGCAGCAGCAGCAGCAGCAGCCGCUUCCGCUUCCGCACCUGGAGCGGCUCAUCCUGUCUUUGACCUCGGCAAAUUUUGGCAAGACCAAGUCAGACAAGCCGAAGUCUUUGAUUCCGACUUUAAAAACCAUCCUCUCCCAUUAGCCAGAAUCAAAAAGGUCAUGAAAACCGAUCAAGACGUCAAGAUGAUCAGUGCUGAAGCGCCCAUUUUAUUCGCCAAAGGAUGUGAAAUCUUUAUUACCGAGCUGACAAAGAGAGCGUGGGUUCACGCCGAAGAAAAUAAAAGACGUACACUGCAACGAUCCGAUAUCGCGACUGCCAUCUCCAAAACAGAUAUGUGCGACUUUUUAAUCGAUAUUGUCCCUCGGGAGGAAGCCAACAAGCCAAAUGCUCCAGUUUAUGAACAAAAUACAUACGCCAAUUACUAUCAGCAACACGGCAUGCCGCAAUAUCCUACACCUCAGAUGCCAGCGCAACAAAUUGAUCAAGCUUAUUAUCCGCAAUUAUCACAGUUAACACCGGAACAAGUCCAGCAGUAUCAAUUACAACUUCAGCAAUUCGCUCAACAACAUCCGUAUGCGGGUGGUCAACCAGGUGCACCCAUGGAUCAGUCACAAAAUGCGCCUCAAGCUCAUGGACCUCCUGCUCCGGGACAAAAUCAACCCAACAUGCCUCCCGUGAAUCCGGAUGCUCAACAAUCUCGUUGAUCCGUCCAUUUGCAACAAACUUCCUUUUCCAUGACCAACAAACCAUUUCGUCAAAAUUUUGUGUAGCACUUCUUUGUAUUCAAUUCCCUUUAUAUUCAAGAGAAAAAUAACAAAAAAAGGGGGUUCUCAACCUUUUUCUGAGCGCGAAUGGCCCAACAUCUUCCCAGUCUCCCCAUUCAUGGCUUUUUGACAGAGUCGCCCUUUGGUGUAACCUGUACACUGGACAUUUAGAGAUUUUUGAGUAGGAAAAAAGAAAAAAAAAACUGGCAAAUUAUUCG